UUUGAAAACAACAAUGGUGGAAACAAAAUGGUGGUAAAUGCGGGGAGUGUGGAGAUGCGUGGGAUAUGCCGGAACCACGUCCUCAUGAGAAUGGUGGUCAAUGGGGGAGAGGUUUGAUUGUGCGACGAUAUUUGCCUGGAUCGAAAAUGAUUAUUCGUAUAGAGCUAACAGCAAGCCAUAUGGGGUUUUUUGAGUUUCGACUUUGCCCGACUUUAAGUGCAAAACAGGAUUGCUUUGACCAGAACGUGUUACGGAUACUUGGGGGUUCUCCCAUUCAAUCAAGACCCGAAGACAUGAACUUUCGGUUUUAUCCCCGAAACGGCAGUCGUAUAUAUGAGAUAAAAGCCCAACUGCCAGAGUAUUCAUGUGACCAAUGUGUUCUUCAAUGGCGAUAUGUUGCCGGAAAUAACUGGGGCAUGUGUAGUAAUGGAAAUGGUGCCAUUGGUUGUGGACCUCAGGAGGAAUUUCGGUCUUGUUCGGAUAUUGCCCUUACACGUGACGCCCAAAGCUCAUUUCGACCCUUGCAUCCUGCCACUUCGGAUCAAAAUAUAACUAGCAUAGAUCCCAGUGCAGAAAAUAAUGAAGUAAAAUCUUUAAUUUAUUUUCUUAUUUCUCUUUCCAUUCUCUUAAUAUUUAUUUUCAUAUUUUUAGUCAUUUGGUUCAACUGCGAGGUCCUCAAUUGGUCCUCUACCAUCAACGGCUUCUCCUAUGGCGUGCUCUACAAUUUGAACAGCCAGAACAGCUACAUAGCAAGCUGGAAACUAGAGCUGGAAACUAGAGAGAAACUACUCUCCAACAGAGUAUGA